CUGUUUUUAUCUACCGAUUCUACAGAAUGAAAACUUAAAUGACAUCCCCUUUCUCCUAUUUUGUUGUCAUUUAUGUUGAUAUCCAUCAAUUAUUGGUCGAGGCUGUACCAAAACUGACUCACAAAAAAACUAUACAACUUUGAUGCUUUAUUUGUUGGUCAAGGAAAGAAUGCCGAUGCCGAGAUCCCUAAAGCUUUCUUACAAUUUAGUAAUAAAAUGGGAGAAGAUUUUAAUAGGCAACAACAGUUCCCCAAUAUUCAUCAUGCGUAGCUUUGAGACACUUAUAGAGAAUCAUGUUGGAACCAACUUCAAGCCAAAAACGCUGCGCUAUCUCUUUACGAGGCUUUCUAACACAACUGAAUUUCCAGACCUCCCUUUCCGAACUAGUGUCAAACGCGACCUAGCUGAGCAGCAAAAGUGGAAGCCGUUAGCCCCUAGAGACAAUGCCAGUAAAGCUGAAAGGCCUAGUGUAGUGGCGUUUGGUUCUGCUCAGUUCGGUGAGCUUCGUGGGAAUGUACCUUCUCCAACAAAGGUAUUCAGAAAAGCCUUGCUAAAUUAUGUCAAAUCAACCAGAUGCAACCAGCCAAAUUCAAGAAAAUACGUCGUUAUGAUUGAUGAGUAUUUCACAAGUCAAAUAUGUCCCAGAUGUCAUACAAAAAGUACUUCUAACCAACGUGAUGACUCCAAUAUGAUGAUCCAUCCAGUUCUCAACUGUCAAACUUGUAAUAUCUCGAUGGAACAGCGAUCAUAUGGCGAGUCUCAACAUGCGCUCUAUCUUUUUGUAUAUGGCUGCUAACAACAACAAUCGACCUGAAGAGUUUCGGCGGGGCCUUAACAAUUGAAUAACAUUAUGUCUUGUAUAACAGCAAGACACCCUGUUAUUUACAGAUUAGUUGACCUAUUGAAAAAAAAAAAGUCUUCAUUCGCCCAAAAAUUAAAAGUAUCUUAAUAUGUCCCAUUUCCGUAUCGCUGCCCUACUUUCGUAUCUCUGUCCCAUUUUCAUAAUGGUGUCCUAAUUCAAUUUUGAAACGACCUAAUUUUUUCUCAUUGGCCCAACCU